AGUUUAAAUUUACACAAAAUGAUUCGUGAAUUCGACCGUUCAGACCGCCGGUUUCUCACUUUUCCGGCCGUCCAUCCCUGCGAAAGCAUAUCUCCGGCGAUUCUACUCAAUUCCCUAAUAUCAUCUUCACGUAAACUAAUCAAAUUCAAUUCAAAACUCUUUUCAAGCCAGAAACGAAAAGUCCGUGAAACUCUUCGUCAGAUUACAAUCCUAUCAAUCUUCUUCGACGAAAUCAGUGCCGGCGCCGGCGCCGGCAAUGAUUCAAUUACCCUAUGUCUUUCCGAGCUUCAUCAUGCAUUCCAGAAAGUUCAAUUCUUGCUUGACGAUUGUUCAUUAGAAGGUGCUCGGUUAUGGAUUUUAAUGAAAUCCCAUUUCGUUUCAACUCAGUUUCGAGUUUUAAUCCGAUCAAUUUCGACUGCUCUUGAAGUUCUUCCGAUGGGUUCGAUUGGAUUAUCGAGGGAAGUUAUUGAGAUUGUUGAAUUGGUCGGGAAGCAGGGGAGGAAGGCGAAAAUGGAGAUGGAUCGUGAAGAUGAAGUUGUAAUGAAUCGGGUGAUUCUGAUAUUGAAUCAAUUUGAGAAUAGAUUUGAACCUGAUAUCAGUUUCAUCAAAUCGGUUUUGGAUUAUUUGAAAAUUCGGACUUGGAAGGAUUGCCAGAGUGAAAUUAAGUUCUUGGAGAGACUUAUUGGAAGUGAAUUAGAAUGUGAAGUGACUCUGUUGAGUAGUUUGAUCGGGUUCAUGUCUUAUUGCAGGGGAAUUGUGUUUGAAACAGGGGAAUAUGGUGAAAAUGGAAUAGAGGAACGAGGGCAAAUCGAGCUGCCCAAUUUCCUUAACACCGAGGAUUUCGUCUGCCCAAUAUCGCUCGAGGUUAUGACCGAUCCGGUCGUAAUCUCCACCGGGCAGACAUACGAUCGAACCUCGAUUGGAAAAUGGCUAAAAGCCGGAAACUUGAUUUGUCCUAAAACAGGGGAGAAGUUAGUCACUACCGAAUUAGUACCUAAUUCAUCUCUAAAGAAACUCAUCCAUCAAUUCUGCUUCGAUAAUGGAAUCUCCAUCGCGAAAUCUAGAAACAGAAAUCGCGAUAUAACGCGAACCAUCCUCCCGGGCAGCCCUUCUUCGGCUAUGGCAAUCGAAUUUCUAGCCGAGUUUCUCGUUGACAGGCUCUGUUUUGGGACAGACGAUCAAAGGAAGAAGGCGGCCUAUGAAAUUCGAUUGCUAGCCAAAACAAACAUAUUUAACCGGUCGGUUUUGAUCAAUGCCGGAGCUGUAUUUCCGCUCUUACAUCUUCUAGGAUCCUCUAAUCCAAUUGCUCAGGAGAAUUCAGCAGCCGCGCUUUUGAAGUUAUCUAAACAUGCUGGCGGGAGGAAGCCAAUAAUCGAAAACAAUGGACUCGAACCAAUCACGGAAAUUCUAAAACAUGGGUUGAAAUCAGAAACCAAGCAGAUUUCGGCUGCAAUUGUGUUUUAUCUUGCGUCGGUUAAAGAAUAUCGGAAAUCAAUAGGUGGAUCGCCGGAGCUUAUCUCAUCGUUGUUUGAGCUAGUUCGAGGAGGGACAUUUUGCAUGAAAAAGAAUUCGUUGGCGGCUAUUUUCGCACUAAUUCUACACCCCACAAACCGUGGAAAAGUUCUCGAAAUUGGGGCAUUGCCUAUUUUGUUCGAUCUUAUAACAUCUUCCCAUCCGGACGAAAUCAAGACCGAAGCUUUAGCCAUACUAUCGAUAUUAGCCGAGACAAGUGAAGGGUCGGUAACAAUUUUCGAAGGCUCGUGCUUGUCUAGGUUAAUCGACACUUUGAAUGGACAAACGACGUCAAGAUCCGCUAAGGAGUAUUGUGUAUCCACAAUUGUUUCGUUGUGCAAGAAUUUGGGGAAUGAAGUUAUCGGAUCAAUUUCGAAAAACUCGGUUUUGAUGGCUUCUUUAUAUUCAAUGUUGGCGGAGGGGACGGUAAAUGGUGGCAAGAAAGCAAGAACAUUGAUCAAGAUUCUUCAUAAAUUUUGCGAGAUGGAUUAGCUUGAUUGAAAGGUAAUAAAGUUAUCAUUUGUGAAUAAUGUAAAUACUCUUAUACUAUAUGUCCGGUUUGUUUGGAAUUCCUUUUUUUCUUAGGAAUUUGAUGGAGUCGAUGUAGUCCCUUUGGCAGGGAUGAUUCGUCUUAGCAAUUCACUCCAAACAAGGCCUUAGAUUAUUGGUUUAAGUUAUAUGGGUAGAGAAAUAAUAAUGGGAGAUUAGCUAUGGUUAUUUGGAUUAGCUAAUUAAUUGUAUCCCUUUGGUUUUGGUAUAUUUUGAUUUUCAUUGUAAGGGAUGAAUAAUUUA